CCCUCAGAAGUCCCAGUCACCUCGUUUUAAUUCCUCCUCCCCCUCCCCAUCCCCACAAGAGACUGAUGAAUCCUUUUUCAUUUUUCAUUGCUCUUGAAUGAGUUCCAGUUUCUCCAAACUUGGGCAAUGGAGCAAUAAUAAUACGCUUCCCAAUUUAGAAUUUAGAUUCAUUGUGAAGAACACAAAAAAAAAAGGGAAAGAAAAACAAACCAAUUGACAAGCAAUGGCAAUGGCACCAACUGUCAAAGUAGUGCUAGGCUCAAUCGCCUUUGCGAUUUUCUGGGUUCUGGCGGUGUUUCCGGCGGUGCCCUUCUUGCCGAUCGGCCGCACCGCCGGGUCCCUGCUGGGCGCCAUGCUCAUGGUGCUGUUCCAUGUCAUCUCCGCCGACGAAGCCUACGCCGCCAUCGACCUCCCGAUCCUCGGCCUCCUCUUCGGCACCAUGGUCGUCAGUGUCUAUCUCGAGAGGGCCGACAUGUUCAAAUACCUCGGCAAAUUGCUCGCGUGGAAGAGCAACGGCGGCAAGGACCUGCUGUGCCGCGUGUGCCUCGUGUCCGGCCUCGCCAGCGCGCUGUUCACCAACGACACCUGCUGCGUCGUGCUCACUGAAUUCAUCCUCAAGAUCGCCAGGCAGAACAACCUGCCGCCGCAGCCGUUCCUCCUGGCCCUCGCGUCGAGCGCCAACAUCGGCUCCGCCACCACUCCGAUCGGCAAUCCGCAGAACCUCGUCAUCGCCGUCCAAAGCAAGAUCUCUUUCGGCAAGUUCCUGCUCGGAAUUCUCCCCGCUAUGAUCGUCGGGAUCAGCGUCAAUGCCGUCAUCCUCCUGUGCUACUACUGGAAGGUUCUGUCUACUUGUAAGGACGUCGGCGUAGCCAAUUUGGCGAACGACGUGAUCAACGAGGGGGACGCCACUUCCCACCGCUUCUCGCCGGCCACAAUGUCCCACCUCAACUCCGGGAAUUCCCGCGAUUUGGGUUCGGUCGUCGACGCCAUCAUUCAAAGCCCCAGUUUGACAAAAGGGGACACGGGGAACUUAAGGAGUAGAGUGACUGUGAGUCAUAGCGAGAAUGAUAUACUAUCGGCCGCUUAUGCGGCCGAUGAAUCCAAUAAGGUUACGAAUGAAGCCGAAGCUGCGGUCGACGGAACUACCAGUGAGAAGCAAAACGCUGCUGCUGCCGUUAGGAAACAUGUGCGAAGUGGCGGUCAAUUGAAUGGCGUGAAAGAAGGGUUGUCGAAUUGCCAACCGUCGGAGGUUCUGACGGAGAGGCGGAAGAGAUUGCUGUGGAAAACUUGCGUCUAUCUCAUAACACUAGGAAUGCUUGUUGCUCUUCUUCUGGGGCUAAACAUGUCGUGGAGUGCGAUAACCGCCGCUCUCGCACUCAUCGUGCUCGAUUUCAAGGACGCUCGUCCGUGUCUAGAGAAGGUUUCGUACUCGCUGCUGAUAUUCUUUUGCGGGAUGUUCAUCACCGUCGACGGCUUUAACAAAACCGGUAUACCGAGCGCUUUUUGGGAUUUAAUGGAACCGUAUGCGCGGAUUAGCACUGUCGGUGGAAUUGCGAUUCUUUCCUUGGUGAUUCUUCUGCUCUCAAAUGUAGCAUCCAAUGUACCAACAGUUCUACUACUAGGAGCCCGGGUGGCGGCAUCAGCCGCGGAGAUCUCUCCCUCUGCGGAGACGAAGGCGUGGCUUCUUUUGGCGUGGGUGAGUACGGUGGCCGGAAACCUGUCACUACUGGGAUCUGCUGCAAACUUGAUCGUGUGCGAACAGGCGCGGCGGUCGCAGCAAUACGGCUAUAAUCUCUCUUUCUUCAGCCAUCUCCGCUUCGGCCUCCCCUCGACUCUCGUCGUCACCGCAAUUGGAUUGCUGCUCAUCAGGAGCUAGGUAGAACAAAGUUGGAAUGGUGUUGGUGUUUAGAGUUGAUCUUUGCUGUUUGAUUACUUUGUUAUGCUCAAUUUUCGUGUGUAAUAAUUCAGUAAAUAUUAUUUAGUCGCGCGCAGUUAAGACAAUCUCAGGCUUUUUGUUAUGACUGGGUAUAAAACUUCUAAAUUAUCCUAAUUUUAAAAUUUAGCAAAACAUUUUAUGACGUUA